CUGCCGCAGGGCCCUCGGCCCCCCGGGCUCCAGGCAGGGGCCUCGCCUGCCCGGCGCUCGGCUGGCUCCUGUCCCGCGUCCCCACAGGCUGCUGCCUUGUCGAGCGUCCUUGCCGGAAGGCGCUUGCCAUCCCCCUGGCAGUGUUGUCUCCUCAGAGACAAGCUGGGAGCUUAAAAGAAGCUUUUUAAGGCUAGAUUGUGCCUUGGCUGCAAGGAUGUGGCAUCUCGGGUUUCCAUGAUCCUGGGGUUGUGCCAGCCAGGUGGUCAACAGCCACUUCUUAGUGACUUGGCAACCUCUUCUGCACCCUAUUUUCCUCCUACGCACAUGGGGAGCGAAGGUACAAGCUGCGCCCCAACAAGUGGCUGAAGACAAAUUUGUAUUUGAUUUACCAGACUAUGAAAACAUCAACCAUGUAGUGGUCUUCAUGCUGGGAACUAUACCAUUUCCAGAUGGAAUGGGAGGAUCUGUCUAUUUUUGUUACCCAGACCAGAGUGGGAUGGCAGUGUGGCAGCUGCUGGGGUUUGUCACUAAUGAGAAGCCAAGUGCCAUCUUCAAAAUUUCUGGUCUCAAAUCCGGGAAGGGAAGUCAACAUCCCUUUGGUGCCAUGAACCUCCCACAGACACCAACAGUGGCUCAGAUUGGAAUCUCAGUGGAACUGCUGGAGAACCUGGCCCAGCAGACUCCUGUUGCAAGUGCUGCUGUGUCAUCAGUAGAUUCAUUCACAGAGUUCACUCAGAAGAUGUUGGAUAACUUCUAUAACUUUGCUUCCUCGUUUGCUGUCACUCAGGCACAGAUGACCCCAAAUCCUUCUGAAGCUUUCAUUCCUGCAAAUGUAGUUCUGAAAUGGUAUGAAAACUUCCAGAGACGUCUGACACAGAACCCUCUCUUCUGGAAAACAUAAGCUUAAAUUCUGUCAAUUGGAGUUCUUUCUAAAGUGUUACCUGAAAGAUGCAUCAAGUAACUCUACUGAAGAUUUUCAGGGGGGAGGAGGGGAAAAACCCAAACAACGAUUAGUCUAAAUAGACAAGCUAGUAACUUUUAUAUUACUCUUGAACAGUAUUUAAAAUUAAAAUCAAUGAAAAUGA